UUGCCAACUGCUGGAGGUGGCAAGGCCCUAUUGGAGGAUACGUUGGGGUAUUCACCGAAACCCACCUAUAGCAGACGAGUUGCUAUGCCACCGCACCUGUUCUUAUCCAGCCCAACUUGAAGCACCACCCAGUCUAGUGCUUACCAGGUGCCUUACA